UUCACAGCUUUCCAAAAAGUGUCUUCUCCAAAUGUCACCGCAGAAAAGCUCAUGGUCAACUUUCUCCACAUUCGUCCAAAAUUCUUUGAUCGUGUUAAGAAAUGGGCUCCUACUGUUGAAGACAUUGUGAUUGUUAUGGACGGUUCCGAGUCGAUUAAUAAAUGCGAAUUUGAAAAAGGAAAGAAAGCGUUGAAAGGCCUAAUGAGUGUGGCAUCGUAUAACUCGCGGCACGAUACAAAGUAUGCAGCAGUUACUUUUUCCUGUGCGGCCAGCGUCAACUUUAAGUUUCUAACCUACCCUUCAGCAGGGAAUAAAAUACUAUCGAUUUCUUACCCCGGGGGCGGAAGCAACACUCAGGCGGGUCUGGCAGAGGCCAAAAAACUCUUUGACGACCCUUCAUCAGGUAUUUAUCUUUUUAAUUUUGUGCACUUGUAUAUUGAGUUUUAUUUGGAAUUCGAUAAAUCUUAAUAUAAUAUAAAAGGGUUAUGUAUGUAUGUAUUGUAUUUAUGUUUGUAUGUAUAGUCAAAUCCAGGGGACAUUUCACAGGCGCAUGAAUGACAUAAGGACGUAAAAAACGCCUUCAUUUGUCGAACAAAAUCUUUAUGAGGGGGUCGUAAGGGUUACCCUGGGUGCCAGAGACUUUUCUAGCGCGGUUUCCGGUUUCUGUCAAUUCUUUAGCGGUUUUGCGGUGAUUUCUAUUUUAAGUUGCGGUAGUGCGGUUUUACAAAACCAAGUGGUUUGCGGUAUUUAGAAAUUUUCGGGUAAUUUCAAUGCGGUUUGCGGUUUUCGUAUGUUAUUCUGUGCGGUAUUUAUACGUUUUUCUGUGCGGUUUUGCGGUAUUAGUACCCCCCUUACCUCUCCCUUCUUUAUAGAUGCAGCAAAUAAUUCGCAUUCAAUAUAAUAAAAACUGACAAACACUGUAGGCGAAUUCACUGUGAACAAAUUCUUGGUGCGAACUUAAAGCGGCGGAAACCGCUGCUACAAGGUCACAACAUUGAGUGCUCAGCUUUUCUUCGUGUGUCAUGCAACAUACAAAGAGUUCUAAAGAUUGUUUCCCCACAUGACGUCAAUGGCGGCCAUAUUGGUGUCCCAAAACAAUGAAACGGCGGCCAUGUUGGUCUCCCAAACCAAUCCUCUGGGAGUUCAACUCUUUUAAUGCAAACGCUUUCUGUUGUUCCAAUAAAUUUGCAUAGAUGCUGGCCAUGUGAGUGAAAACACUCUAUAAAAAAAAUCCGACCUACUGAGAUUUCUACAUUCCAUACAUGGGGUAUUCAUGACCAUGUAUUUCACUAAUAUGCAUCAUCGCUCACCUUAUUAAUAAACAUACAUGCGGCAGGUUGAAGUCUUCAGUGAGCUUUUUAUUGUUGUCUAUUGAAUCACAGGUAUAUAUAGGUAUUGUAUUUCAUUGUAAACACAACUUAAUACAAUACAAUACAAUACAGUAUUCAAGAGAUAAGAGCUAAAGUUACAAAAUAUCUCUCGAAAGGGGAUAUCUAGAGGUUAACCCUAUAUAAAAGAUUCCCCAAAAUACGUUUACAUAUUCAAAGCCUGAAUCCAAGAUUAACGACACAAAGCUUGUUUAAGCCCUUUCCUCGUAACCAAUUGGCCACAAAGGCACAAUCUUUUCCAUGAAAAGGCUCUGACACCACGUUCUCCACGAUAGCUCGCCACGUGCAAAGCGCCCAGAGAUUCAACAUGAAAUCGAGGCUAAGGUUCACAUUCCCCAUCCCCUGGAAGACUCUGAUAAUCAAAUUCCCUUCUCCCAGGGACGGCAAAGAUGUCAAAUACCUGGGGUAUGCUAGUCUGCUACACAGCCGUUUUUAGUGUCGUCACGCAACCCUCCUCCUCACUAACAGCAGCUGAAAAUCGAACCACGUUCCUUUCCCGCGAUUAGUCAAUUAGAAUUCAGCUCCCAUUUUCUGGAAGGUGUUCGCGCCACGACUCCUCCAAUCACAGCUUUGCUUUUAUCGUUGCCCCAUGUGUAAAUGACAGAACAAUCAAAAUCGUGCCGUGAAAAUAAGCAAUCAACUUGAGUAGUGUUGUCGUAGUCGAGUUCUUUCAAAAAUUUUUGAGAUAAGCAGCAACAGCAAGCAAGUCGAGCAAAUAUGAUGCACAACAUGGCUUAUAAAGUUGCCGGGUAUAGUUUCGGGAAAUCGCUGAUCGAUAAUUUAUAAGAUUGCUUUUGUUUGAAUCAGUACCCCCGAGAGUUUAGUCUUCACAGUCUUCACAUGUACAACAACACAUUGAGCACAUCCGGCACAUGAAAUUCAUCAUACAUAUGCACGUUAAAAAGAACCAACCGAUCUUGGUAAGAGUCUUGUAGGCCUAUCAAACCUUUUCCUUUUUUUCACUUGGAAUUUUGUUAACCACUUAAAACAAACGUUUCUGCAAACAAGCUUUUCGUUACUUGCAGUCACAGAGCCUAUCAAAAUUCGGCGACUAUUGAUUGAUUUGUCGAAAACUGAGAAGCGUGUUUGCUCCUAGCGCCCUGCGGCUCACGUAUUGUCUAUUUUCUUAUACAUGAUUGGUUUGUUCGUUAGAGCACAAACACAAAGGGAAAGGAAUGUAGUUCCAUUUUCAGCAGCCGUUAGUGUAGCCUGUGAACAGGCCUUUGGUCGAGCGGGGAACUAGGGAGAGGGAAAAGCGAAAAGGCCUGUAGACAAACAUUUGGGACUGCCGUUCCACGGGACCCGCUGUGCAUCAGAUCUUGAUGCAAGUUCUUAUUGAUGAGAACACUGACUGUUGACAGGUCUUAUUGACAUCGGCUUUUCGGUCGGCACGUAGCACGCGUUUUGAUCACAAACUGGAAAGGACAAAACACUCCAAAGACUGUUAAGCUUGUUCAAAAGCUAUUACCAAGGGAGGAACUACCCUCUCCAGUCAAAAGACUCACACUAUCUUUAGAAAAACACUAGGCUGGAGUUUACCGAGUCACAAUGCAACUCUCCAUAGUUGAUGUAGCUUCGGUUUAAGUAGCCUGCGUUGCAGCCGGCCCGCGCACUCGUCAAAACCAUUUGUAUAGUCCGUCUAUACAGAAGGUUUAGAACGUCUUCGACGCAGGCAACGGUUUAAGCUGCACUUGAAUCUUAUAACUUUGGAUCUGUAAAUUACUAUCCGUGAUAAUUUUUAAACAUUCUCCAAAGAAAACUAAUGAGCUGGGCCCAGCGUGAUACAACAUCUUUGUUUUGAGAUGGAGCAAAAGACGGCUCAUUUCCUGUUAAUUUUCCCUAGGACUUACUCACGCGCGAAAUUGAUUGACAGAUAACGAUCUUACUGACAGAUGUUCGGCAAGAUAAUUACACGAGGGUGGAAUAGUUGCCUCAAAUGUUAGUCUACAGGCUCUCUCCCCGCCCCCCUUUCCCUUCCCUUUCCUUGCUAUUUUUCCCCCCAAAACAGAGAGCCUGUUCACAGGCUACCGUUAGAGGGAAGGAGCGUUGCGUGAAGAAACUAAAAACGGCUGUGUAGCAGACUAGGGGUAUGCCCGGAGAGAAGGAUGUUGAAGUUUCGAUUUGACCGAUACAUAACAGCCUCGGGAUCUGAAUAAUUUUUUCUGUCACACCAAAGCCGAAUUCAAUUAUUGUUUUAUAUCUGUUCAUUCAUUUUAUCUUUUUCUAAUUUGUUAAAGUCCUUACCUUCUCGUCGACGUUCUUCAUAAUUUUGCCUGAUUGUCGAAGCAUGUUCAGCUGAUAUGAACAGAUGUUUUUUGCUAUUUUCCUCGCAUAUACUCCUCAAAAAGCAGAUGACAUACAUUGAGCGAUUAUAUUUUUUUGCCGGCAUCACUGCAUUUGUUCCGUUCAUCAUAUGUCAGUAAUUUGGCUAUUUGUCUUUGGAUCAUAGCCGUAAACUUUUCCCCAAUUUUUGAGUUUUGCGCUCAUGUCAAAACAGCUAGGAAGUUGCGCUGCUGUUAACGUCUUAAAUGGUUGUAGAUUGGCAAUAUACAGUGUCUGCAUAAAACGUUUUCGGGCGCUGCUCUCACCCAUCGUUUUCAUGCCGGUGUAAAACCUACCCGGUAUAGAGUGAAUAUAGCCUAAAUCGUAACUCUUCAUCAGUAAGAUGGCAAAAAUGUUUUCAUUUCGAUUAUGAGUUUCGGCUCCAUUAAAUCCUAUGCCAAAUACCUAAUACCAUUAAAUCCUAUCUUGACCAAAUUGACUAUGAAGCCUAUUAAAAAAGGUUACAACAAAAGAAAAUAAAAAAUUAAGUCAUAUCAAGUAUGUAAAAUGCUGAAUGUGAAAUUUCAAAGUUUUGAGAAAUAACAAAAUGGUUUGGUCUUUAUUAUAAUGAUGGUGAUGAUAACAAUGUCAACAAAAAUUUAAUGUUUGAUGUCAUCGCUGGAAUAAAAACAAUCCAUAAUGUUAUUAAUGGGAGCCUCAUGGUUAUCUUGAAGUUAGCCCGCGUAGCUGGCGGUAUUGUGUAAUAGUCGAGUGAGAUUUGGUGGCGAAGCCGUCAAGAGUGGCGUAAGCCGCGAGAAAUAGGUAUUUCAAACGCCUCGUCCCCACUCCUUUUUUAGGGUUAUGGCUUCUCCGCCAAAACUUUAAUCGCGCACCAAGACAAUAACGCCAACUACGCAGGCUAUAGUAACGUUAGCAGAAGAUAAUGUUGAAGGUUAAGCUGUCGUUACUUCAAAAAAGCAUUGACUUUUCAGUUUCUUUUUUUAUUAUUACUUACUUGUAAAUAAUUUGAACUUGGAAGUAUGUAAUAGUUUAUCAAUAACGUUAUUAUUUUUUUCAAAUAAAAAACAAAUGGCAUCCCCCUUUCGUCCUUUAGAAAUUUGUUUUCAAUCCUUUCAGUUCAAGAAGUAAAGAUUACCCCUCAAAAUUCCCUCAUGGUAUACAUAAGAUAAAUGUAGUCUAAUUCAAGUAAAAAUUGCAUCGAGAAGGCGAUGUUAACAUUAAUUUUGAGUGAAUAGUGUGUGGAGCGAAGCUAAGUACGAGACGCCAAGAGUACAGUUUUGUAAGCUAUGGUUUUCUUUGUAGCUUUUCUGGUGGUCGAGAGCUUGAAGUUUCCUCCGUGCAGUCACCAUCUUUGAUUUUGACAGGGCUUGAAUGAAAAGGAAAGGAUAAUGAGAUCAGUGUGGUGAGGUUUAAAGUAUGAGGCAAGAAAAAAGUAAAGGGGAAUGAAGGGAAGGGGGCAACAAAACUUUCCGAAGAGACCGUUCAGUUGUUUUCAAAUGUUGUCGGUACUAAACAAAUACUUUUUUUUUCUUCACCUCCAAAGGACGCCGUGAUAAUUCAAGAAAGGUAGUUUUUCUUUUCACCGAUGGCCAAUGGAACGAGUUUCCCCACCUAACUAUACCUAAAGCUAACGCCCUAAAAGCCAUUGGUGUAGACAUUUACGUGGUUGCUGUUGGACGGUACAUUUCUGGCAUAGACGAGAUGGUGAAGGUGGCCUCCUCCCCGCCCGAGAACUACGUUUUCAGGGUUGAAAAAAACAGUGCUUUAUGGGAUGUCGUCAAGUUAGUUAUCAAAGAGGUCAACCCCGGAAAAUACGCCGUCUUAAACGGCCAAUAUGAUCCUCCUUGCAGCUAA